AUGUUCCGUAACACAUUAUUAACGAUAGGCCGUCGUUUGUAUUCUUUAACUCCCGAGGAAAAGCUUAUAACAGACAAAUUGAGUAAAGAACUAAAGCCAUCUUCAAUUACAGUAAGUGACAUUAGCGGUGGAUGCGGGUCUAUGUUCUCAAUCGAUGUUACAAGUGAAAAAUUCCAGGGCCUUUCUAUUGUCAAACAACACAAAUUGGUUAAUGAUAUUUUGAAGGAUGAUAUCAAAAGAUGGCACGGCUUACAACUCCGUACAAGAAAGGAAUAG